AUGUACCUCAUGCCAGUUCGACCAAAGGCCCCCGUGACCGACCGGGAGCCUACGUGCUCCUUAGUUUGUCGCCACGAGACUGUAAGACUCACCGGGAAACUCUUUCAUGCUCUGCUCGUGUUUCUUCUCGUUUCUCACGUCUCGAGUCCGAUCCCGGCCGUUGCAACCGUGUCACACCCUGGUUACCAUCUGCAACACGGCCCGCGCCUCGGGCGGCCUCAAAUAUACGACGCGGCUCUCGGCCUUGAUGAGUUGCAGGCUCGUCCGAUUGAUGCCUCACGUGACCGGAUGAGUUCCCUUCCUCCGCAUUUCUUGCAUUCUCAUUCACCCACAUAUCCCGCGGAGAUCCUGCGUCGAUCCGAAUAUCCGUUGUCUCCUCCCUUCGUGCGAGCGCCGGCGCCCAAGACGGUCCGGGCUCGGCUUCCCGGGAAAGCGGAAUUUGCGUCUCUAACUACUGGGCAACGAGCACAGAGGAGAACGACAUUCGGGACGCGCAACAGUGGCAGCUCAGGAGCCAGGGAAGAGUUGGUGCAGCGCGGCGUGAGUGAAACGCCUUUGGAGCGGACGCCGCGGGGGGAUGGCGAACGCGGAGGAAGCCGACUUACCGGACUUGAGGACUCCGCACACACGACUCUGCAGCCGUUGUCUGGGAUGUCCUACACUGAGCUGGGCUCGAUGAGCACGACUGAGCGACAUGAUGCUACGACUGAUUACUCUGACGCCCCCCUCAAGCAGCAGGCGUCGCAUGGCGCCACUGCCACAACAGACUAUGCAGCAACGUCUCUUUUCAAGGGCCACACGCCAAGCGAGCUUCUCUCUUUGUUACAUGCGUCAGCACAGACUCAGCUCACCCAGUUUUUCUCCACAUCCGUGGCGCCGUUUACGAGGGCGAUCGCCGAUACGUGCCUGUCCACAACUGCCGUCAUUGCUUUCAUCGUGCUGAUUGUGUACCUGUAUUUCAUGGUGCGGGUCUUUACACUCUGCCGGGCUUUAGCGCCGCGCUCAACACCGGACACUCGCAAAUGCUCCCCUCCUUCUCUGAGUUGUCACCACAACCCGAAGGCCAGUGAAGCUACCAAGAAGGAAACACUGUUGUCUGUUGAUGGGACAUUUGAACCGGAGUGGUUUUUGAGGGGUUGGCACGGCGCAGCGCUGACAGCUUUGAGCGGUUUUGGCGAGCCGUGGGAACAUGUUAUUGCGAAGGCAACGACUGCCCGGAAAGGAAAACAAACGCUACAGGCAGCUGAACAUCUGCCUCUGGGAGAGCUGUCCGACUUUCCAACUCCUGCAGCAAGUGGAAAAGAGAAACGAGCCACAGGUAUCCGCGGUGUGGACACACACACUCCCGGACAUGUCAAUCUUUUUAGAGGGAGGGAUAGUAUCCACUCAACGCGUGGAAAUGAUUUUUGCUGUGAGGCGAAUACAGCUGCGCGGCACAGCCAUCGGUUGCGACUGUUGCCAAUCCAUUCGGGCGCUGCCGAAGCUCGUGAAUCCUUUCCGUGUGGCUCCUUGCCACAGCAACAGGAACUCCCGUGUUCUUACACCACUCACUAUCCGGCAAAGCCCCUGAAUACUCCGGCGGUUGAUCCUUGUGAGGAAGAACCCGCGUUCCAGCUCGCGGCGGCCUACAUGCAAGACCGAGCGUUCAGGUGGUGGGCCGCCUACUUUGCGGCCUCUUCUGGAUUCAUUUUCCUCGUUUUUCUAGCGGCCUUGGAGUCCGAACAGCAUCUGUUGUCCAGUGCGUUCCAAUCGCUCUGCGGAAUUCCGCUGCAGCUCCCGCCCUGGUGGGGGGUCAUCGCAGCCGUGCAGUGGCUUACUGCGACCUGUCUACUCUACGGCAUUUUGAGCGAUUAUGCCUACGCAACCAACGGGGCGUUCCAGAGCAGGCACAAAGUCCGCCUCCACUUGGCAGUGGGGGUCCUCUCCCUUAUUUUUCUCUCGCUCAUCUUCGCCCGUGGAUCUUCCUACCCAGCGGACUGCCUCGUUUGGCAAGGCUCUGCGCCGCCGCUUGCGACCGUGGCGGGCGCGCCCGCUUCGGAAGGGCCGUCGCCCUCACGCCAGUCUCCCGGUGGACCGCAUCUGCGGCCGAUUUCGCCGAACAGAAAGGAUGUAGCGCCACCCCUGUUCGGCUCCCACCUUGCGUCUGAAGCCGGAACGGUCUUGGAUCCCUACACCCACGGCCGAGCGACACAACAGCCGUCUGCGCGCGGACACUAUCCUCGAGGAGGCGAGCCGGCUGGUUGUGCGUCCUCCGCUAGAUUCUCGGCGUACUGGCUCGGCCUUUCUGUCGCCUGCUACCUCUUCUUACGGCUUCUUUGUCUGGGUCUGGUGCUAUCUCUCGCGUCCAACGAAGACACAUUCCUGCAGAAAAGAGACUCCGAAGCAACUGUGUCUUUCUCUUGGAUGGUUGCGGGAGUCUCUUUCGCACUAGUCGACCUGUUUCCGUUCCCGCUGCUCGCGCUGCUGUCCGGCGGGCCGCUGGCUCACUGGUUUCCGCUGCGAGGCGUGGACAUUCUCCUGUGCACUCAGUGCCUAUACAGUUGGUUUUUCUUCAGACACGUCCAACGGGAGCUUUUCUACGCGACCCACUCUUCCGUCACACGAGCUAUCCGCAAGAUCCAGGAGACCUUCCAGCUCAGGACGUUCAACUAA